AUGCCGAACCCCACCAGCGGAAGAAGAACAGGAGAAGCCGACAUCGCGGCCAUGGAGGCCACCAAAGGCGCUGUCAACGGCGCCGCCAGAUGGGGUGCCGUAUCCGUCGUCGCCGGUGUAAUCGCCUACUUCACGUCUCCGCUCUUCCGGGGAUUGACGCCCCAGUUCAAGGUGUACCUGUGGAUGUGCCCCACCACAAUUGGGAGCAUGGUGGAGGCGGAUCGACGAUUGCGUAUCUAUGAGAACAUGGUUCGGCACGAGCGGCGCGAGCAGCUCGAGGCCGCUCAUGAGAAGCAGAUGCUGGACGAGAUGGCAGAGCUGGAGAUUCUCGAGAACCGUGCAAAGAAAUCGCCGUAA